AACUGUAAUGAGUUUUUUAUUUUUUGUUUUUUAACUAAAUUAACAUGGCUCCACUGAACCGCCCAGCUCCUGUGGAAGUCACAUACAGGAACAUGAGAUUUCUUAUUACACACAAUCCAACGAGUGCAACCUUAAACAAAUUCAUAGAGGACCUUAAGAAGUAUGGAGUUACGACAAUAGUAAGAGUGUGUGAAGCAACUUAUGACACUGCUCUGGUGGAGAAAGAAGGCAUCCAGGUUUUGGAUUGGCCCUUUGAUGAUGGUUCAUCACCCUCUAACCAGAUCGUGGAUGACUGGUUAAGUCUUUUAAACAUUAAAUUUCGGGAAGAACCUGGUUGUUGCAUUGCUGUUCACUGUGUUGCAGGUCUUGGGAGAACUCCAGUGCUUGUCGCCCUGGCAUUAAUGGAAGGUGGAAUGAAAAAUGAAGAGGCGGUCCAGUUUAUAAGACAAAAGCGGCGUGGAGCUUUUAACAGCAAGCAACUUUUAUACUUGGAGAAAUAUCAUUCUAAAAUGCGGCUGCGCUUCAAAGACUCCAGUGGCCAUAGAAACAACUGUUGCAUUCAAUAAAACUUGCCUGCCUCGUGCUGUUGCCUUGGACACAGAACUUGAGACAGGACUUAAUUUAUCAUAUAUAUUAGCAUAGGCUUAAUGAAGGACAAGUCUAAUGAAGCCUCCCAUAGGAAUACUGAAAAGCCACAAAUGUGACAAAAUUGUAGCCUCUUUAGCUUACUACUAUUCCCAUGCCAGAAAUAAUAUAUAAGAAACUGAGAGAUUAGGUACCAAAAGUCAGCACAAUACUGGGAUAAUUUUAGUAUCAUGUAGAUUUAAAACCCUAGGAAUUAAGAACAGCACUGUAAACCAUAUGAGGUUUAUUCCUC